UAAGAAAUGAAUCAAGAAAAGUUGACAAAACUUCAAAAUAAUGUGAGGAUAGGAGGAAAGGUAAGAGGAAAAACUGAAUUUGUUGAAAUGUCAAUGUUUCUAGCACAAAAAUAUUAUUGAGGACAUUGUUUUUAUGUCUCCCAAUGGAGACAGGACUGUCAUAUCUACAUGGUAAACUCAGGUAUGUAAAGGUCUACCCUUCCUUCCUGCUCAGUUAUUAAAAGAUUCCGAGUAUUGGUUAACUGGUGAUGGCACCGGAGACUUCGCUCUCUGCAGUCUAGUGCUUUGUCUUCAGAGCCAAUAUGUAUUUAUUGUACUUCUGGAUAUUAUUAUAUUAUUUAUUUGAUGAAGCUGCAAUACUCUAAAAAAUUGGAACUAUAAUCAUGGACAAAAUGCUUGGGACACAUUUACAUUGGUGGGGCGUUUUUCAAUUCACACAUAUCAACUCUUCCUCCCCCACCCCCUUCCCCCCUUUACCUCACACAAACAACGUUGGAUGAAUGUAUCCAGAAUUUUUCCGAGUUUCAAUAUUGUAUAGACUGGGGAGCGGGAGAGCUGCAGGAAAAUUUUGAAAAGGAUACACAGUUUUAGAAGGCAACCAGAAAUUACAGAAAAUUAUGAAUACUGCGUCACUGUCCCAAGGACUUUUGUCCAGGAUUGCCAAGUAUGUACAGUACCUGCUCCUCUUUCCAGGGUACACCCAGAAGAAAAAAGAAGGUUGUUCACAAGACAGCUACAACAGAUGAUAAGAAACUGCAGAAUGUUCUCAAGAAACUUUCUGUUAAUCCCAUCCCUGGGAUUGAAGAGGUAAUUUAAUUGUAAAUGUUAAUUAUUGUAAAUGUAAGAUGAAAUGAGUGGUCUAUGUAAAUGUGCUACUGUAUCAAAAUGUUUUAAGCUUGUUUCCAUAAACCAUCAUUACAUGUAUGUAGUGUGUACAGCGUGCAAAGAAAGUGGUGUGGGAUAGCCCGGGGCUAGUGGAGUUUGCUAUCAGGCUAGUGAAUUCUGUUUUUAACUUGCCAGAUGGGCAAGUGAUAUUUUUUGAGAAAUUUGAAUAACAGAAGAACUGUAAUCAAUCCUGCUCAUCAAAUUUUUUGGGGGCUAAUUGAAAUGACUUUUGGGCUAGUACAUGCUAGCUACAGCUUGCCCGAAUGGCAAGCUGUAAAACUGACUUUCUUUGCACCCUGAGUGUAGAGCAUUUCUCUGUUAAUAGCCACUGCAUGUUUUCAAAUUAAGUUCUGUACCAUGUCAACAAUAGUGCAACAUUUCUUAUAUUAUUUUGUUUUUGACAUUGUCUGAUGCUGUUAUUGGUACUGUUCUUACUGAUGUUAUUGAUAACUGGUUGCCAUUGGAAACUAUUUUUGUGAUGCCUUUUUCUUAUGCUUUUGGCAUCACCUAUGUCUAGGAAGAAAUGUGUGCAAUGGCAAAAGUGGUGAAUCUGGCUAAAAAAAUCAUCAUCAUCAUGUCUCAUCGCGCCAGUAGUUGCAUAUGGCCCCACGCUGUCUGACCAACACUUUUGGUCUCGUGCAACUGCUUUGGCUACUUCGCAGCUCUUCCAGCCCACUUUGUUUUGCUUUUUCUCAACGGCCCUUCUCCAAGUAGGUUUUGGUCUUCAUCUCGCCCUCAGACCUUCUUAUUUCCCUGAGUAUGUAACCUAACCAGUUUCACCUUCCUUGUCAUACACCUCUGCAGAGGGUUGCAUGAUCCAAUAUAAUCACAAUCGCAAACACUCCUGGCUAUACAUUAUAUUAAUUUCAGAUCUCUUCUAUUGUAGGUGAACAUGUUCAAAGAUGAUGGAACGGUUAUUCAUUUUACUAAUCCUAAAGGUAGAUCUCCUUUUGUACUUUAAUAUGUUGGACAUGCGAGGCCCUGUUUGGGUAAAUUUCCAACAGGGAAAUAAGACAGAUAAGAAUAAGAUGAUAAACAACCUAAAGACAAGCUGUAACUGCAGUAGUGAUAUCAAUAGGAACAUGGCCUCCUCCCCAAUACAAAUUUGUAAAUUCAGACUAGGGAGAUAUUACUCACCCUGCCCAAAACAUGCAUUGUGCAAAGCUCAUUGCAUACUACUGAGCACACAGCUACAGGCCUACCUCUAGCACAGAUGGUCCUAUAUGUUGUAAACGUCUUUAAAUUGUAUUUAAUUUUUGUAAUUUUCUUUCAAUUUUAGUGCAGGCUUCCCUUGCUGCAAACACUUUUGCUGUGAAUGGACUAGCAGAAAAUAAAGGUAAAAAAAAAAUAAAGCAGUAGUAAUGUCGUAACAACAGUGGUGAUAAAUUAUGACAAUAAUGAGGAUAAUGACCUUUUACAAUAAGGUGUCUUUUUCCCUAUGCUGAAUAAGGGCUGUCUUGGGGUUUUCCAAAAUGGAGAAGUCUCAUUUUAGUCUGGCGUAAAUGUAUUAGCAUAGUACCUACAGCCGAGCAUUAUUUUGAACGUCCUUGAUUUGGAUUUUUAGUGCAUAACAUAUUUACAGUGUAACACUGCAAAUAAUGUCUUAGUUUCUGUAAAAAGUUUCAAAAGCUUUACUUGUUAAAUGUUUAUGCAAGACCUUGUAGGUACAUUUUUGUUGCAGCCUGUUCAUGUGGUGGUUUUUGGGCUGUUUACACUGACCAUGAUCAAGUACAAUUUUUAUUUCUUAUUGCAGUCAGUAGCUAAUCUGUUUUUUUUUUUAAUGUUUUGCACAGCCCUUACUGAAUUGCUUCCUGGAAUUUUAAAUCAGUUGGUAAGAAUAUUUGUUUUUUUAUUUUUUUAUCAUGUACAUGUAGUGGUUCAAUUUUAUCCUUGGUUUAAUUUUUAUUUCUCUUUGUUUUAAACACAUUACCAUACAUUUCCAUACCCAAAGCAAAGGGAAAUAAUAUUUAAACAAAGGAUAAAGUUGAACCACAACAUAUAGAUUCUAAACUUUUUCUGUAAAAGACUACCACCUGUACUGAUUGGUUUUCUGGCUUGUUCCUGCUGAAAAUUUAUAGUAGAACAGUGCUCGACUUUCAGAAAAAAUCUUGGGGCCAGCUGGCCUCCAAGUUUUCAUGUUUGGUCGCCAGAAUAACUAUUCUAGUCGCCCAAAAUUACAUUUAAGAACUAAUGGAAUACAAUAAACCUAACAACUUUUACUUAGCCUUAACAGAAAAAGAAUGCUUUAGACUUCCUUGAACUUUCUUUCGAACGGUUUUCGCUCGAGGCUCGAUUACGAGCCAGUGUUCAGGGAAAUGAACCCACACUCAAGCGUAAAUCUCCUCAAACAGGUAUUCAAGCAAUGGAAUACACAUUUAGAUAAACAAACUUUAGGAAUCACAAAAAAUCUUAUUUGGGUUAUUAUUUAUUAAAGAACAAAGUCUGCAAAAUUUGUUCUGCGUCCCAUGUAUUUGCAUGUUCAGAAAUGAACAUCGGUGAAACUUGAUCUGUUUCGCGGUUGCCUAGCACGUGAUCGAAAGUCUCCAGAAAGAGGAGACGUCGCUAAUGUUUUCGGGCAAAGAAUUUGAUUUCGCGAGAAGUCUGUUAGACAAACAGCAUGUCUUUUGAGUUCAACGGUACUCCAUUAGAAGUCAAUAAAAUAUGGCAGGGUCGUCAGGCUCAACAGAAAUUUGCAUAAAGUUGUUUACCAGAAGCUUGAGAAAUAAGCGUCGUUCGUUCUCUAUCAGCUUAGGCUUUUAUCAGACUAAUCUGCUAUAAAGUCCGCAAUCAAGAUACAUGUUCGACAUAAAGAGAUUGUUUUAAAUCGAUGUGCCAAAAGUCAUUCCAAGAGAAACAUGGGACGACCUGUUGAGAAUUGCGAUCAAUUUGCUUGAAAGUCGAUAAGACUUCCGUCGAAUUUACAGUCCUCUUUCAAGUAAAAGUCAAACGUCAGACGGACCAACUGUUAGAUCAUAAGAACAAUCCGUUAGAGUGUUGGAAGAAAUCGUUAAAGCGUUUAGACAAAUGGUUAAAACGUUUACAUACACCGUUAAACCGUUUAGGCAAAACGUUAGAGGGUCAGAAAAACCGUUAUCUAUCCGUUAGUUUUGUAAAGGAUAACAAAUUAUCAUUAGUGAACGUUUUUCCAGAGUAGAAAAUACCCUAUCUUGGGGGCCAGGUUGGCGACCAGGCGUGAAAAUUUGGUCGCCACUGAGAAAAAGCUAGUCGCAUUGGCGACCCCACAGGUCGCAACGUCGAGCCCUGUAGAAGGGGAAACAAACAAAGGAAAAAGCGACAAAAACAAUUUGGUCAGGUAACAGGUAACCUGUUGCUUAGACGAAACUAAACUCUGGUUAAGUCUGUCUGUGAAACAGUGCUGAAAUCCUUGUUCUGGGCCCUCACCUUUGUACCAGGAUUUGAGUACGGGCUAUGAUUGGCCUGUUAAAAAAGGCUUUGUCGAUUUGCCAAUCAGAUUGAAGGGAAAUUCAAAACCCCCUUCCAGUAAUUCAUUGAGUCUGUUUGGGGCACAGAACAAGGAUCUCAGCACUGCUUCGCAGACGUUACAAACCAAGGUUAAGUUACAUCUGUGAUGUAGGCUAGUAACAGGAAGAUCGGAGGUGAGAAUAGUAUUAGAAUAACAACUACAGUCAGGGGAGAUUUCUUUCAUCUUCUAAAUUUAACUCACAGCUUGCUAUAAAUAAACCGGUGAGGCUAAGAGGGCACCAGUGUUUUUGCAGAAGUAACUCACAAUGCACUGUAUAAAAUGAAAUCUUUUUGUUUCCAAAGGGAGCUGAAGGAUUGUCUGACCUGAGGUCUCUGGCAGAGAGAUUCCCUCCAAGUGAGUUCAAAAUAAAUAAAUAAAUAAAUAAAUAAGGGUGCCUGGCUUAAAGCCCAAAGCAACUUGUUAUAAACUGCUAGAUUCUCUUUCCAGUAACCUCUUAUCAAAUGGAGAUUUGUUAUUUGAUCAGGUGUCACUUAAAGCCUCAUUCACCACCCUCUUAAGUUGUUGCUAGCUAUGUAAACUCUAUGUGAAGCCCAGUCUUUUAACGUCUCUGGCCAAAAACCACCUGGGCCCAGUUGCUCAAAAGGCUGGAUAUCGCUGUCUGCCGGAUAAAUCUCUAUCUGCUGGACGGUGCAAUUGGUUUUUUAAACACUUAUCCACUGGAUAGUGAUUUGUCCGGUGGACAGCGCUAUCCAGCUUUUGAGCAACUGGGGCGUGGUGGAGAAGGGUGAUGAACAAGCUGAAGGAGAUGGGUCUAACAUGGGGUGAAGCACAGGUCAAGUGAAAGCUCAGAACAGGGUUGAGUGGCGACAUUUGAUUUUGGCCUUGUGUCCUAACCUGGAUGAAGAGGGUGAGUGAGUGAGUGAGUGAGUGAGUGGGUGGGUGGGUGGGUGAGUGAGUGAGGGAGGGAGGGAGUGAGGGAGCGAGCGAGCGAGCAUGUUUAUGUAAAUGCCUGUGUUUGUUUGCAAUGACCAUUAUUUAUGCAAAGUUGUUGAUCUGUUUUUUGCAGCUGAUAUUGGUAAUGUGCCAACUGGUCCCGCCAGUGAAGAUGUUGAUGAUGAUGAUGUGCCAGGUAGGUGCUACUGAAGGUUGUGGUCAAGAAAAAUGGAAACUGAACCACGGUAACUUGGUAACUUUGGGUCCUCAAUUUUUAGCCUUUUCACCCUAAAAAACUGGUACCUGCUACAGAGGCCCUGCCAGGGGUGGCGGGGGGGGGGGAGGGGAGGUGGUGCUUGGGGUCCCGUGUUGCUCAUCUGAAUUUUGAAAUGUCUUGUGUCAGUGUUUUUAAAUGCUUCAUGUCGCUGUCGCAAAUUGAAUAAAAAUCCUUUGUCUUUGUCAGAAUUUAAGAAAAGGGGAAUAGCGAUGCGUUGUAAAGAAACCAUUACUGUUCUGCAAUUUCUCAGUUAACAUUUCACGUAUUAAACACCUAUACAUCACCAUUCACAAUUAACACAAUUCAAGGGGGGUCCACUGAAGCUCACUGACACUGACAAGAAACAUUCUCUGAACCAAUAAGUUAGCCAAACCACCAUUCUUUUUCACUUAUUCUCGGCUUUGCCAUCAUUGUCGCAAUUUGGCUGAGGGAAGUUGUCUCUUGACGCAAUUUCAUUUUACACUCUGUCGCUACUUCUUGGGUCAUAUUGCUUGUCGCAUUUAACCUGGAAGGGGCCUUGAUACACAGGCUAUCAGUUUUGGUCUAAAAAAAGUGAGAGCUAUAGUUUUGUCUGAAAAAAGAGAGAGGGCUGGGCUCUUUGAGGCUCUUCUAUUUUUCUAUCAUCGGACAUGUACAAGCACCUCUAGGUCUGAUAUUAAACUUAUUUGCCUUUUUGCUUAUUUUUCACAGAAUUAGUUGAGAACUUUGAUGAACCCUCAAAAGCAGAAGGAGUGUGAACAGACAGUGGAUAAGGCAUGAAGAUAGGCUACUAAACCUGCUAUGCCAAAGCUAAAUGCAACUUUGAACAAGCUUUGUAAUCAUUUUCAUUGUAAAUGACUGUAUUAGUAGCAGGACAAUUUUUAAGUGUUCUGCGCAAUCUUAGUUGACCAGCUGUUUUUUGGGGUUCUCAGUAAACAAAAGGGAAACUACUUUUUGAGUGAGUGCUUAUUUUUGUCAUGUGUUGUCCUCCCGUCAUGCUCUCACCGUUUCUUAUACAUACAAUGUGCACCAGAGCUCUUCUUUAUUAUUAUGACACAUGCACAGGCUUUUUUUUAGAUAAAAACAGAGUUUCUCGAGUACAGGGAGGGAAGAGGAUAUAAGCUGGAUAAAAUUCAUUGUUGUACACCACAGUCAAAUCUGUGAUGCAAAACUUUUUUUUUCGCAAACAUUAACCAGUACAGUAUAGUCUUCUUGGCUGUAAAUCUGAUCUGUCCAGUUAUUUUUUUUGUCUUCUGCCUCUACUAAACAUGGUUCUUACAAAUUAUCCUGCAAAGGUCUUGAAUUUAAGCAGCCAUCUUGAAAUGCCCUUAAUGGUCGUUGGGGUCCUUAAAAAGUACUUGAUUUCUUUCAGAGUAGAUCUUAAAACAUCCUUGAAAUUUAUAACUUAGCAUGUUAACUUACAUGUAAUAUUAUGAAUAAAAAAAAUUAUUUUCUCCUGACCAAAAUACAUGGAACAAAAUACCUUGAGGUCAGGCAUAAAGACAGCUAAUGUAAUGAAGAGGAACGCAUGUUGAACAACUCUCACUCUCUCAUUUCAUACUUAAAACCAACUCACACAUGAAAUCAAUAGUAAUGAUAUGUAUAAUAUAAUUCAGUCAUUAAAUUUUAACAAGGGUAGUGGCCUUGAUGGAAUACAUGUAUCAUGCAAGCUCCUGAAAGAAGCUGCACCAGUUAACAUUUAUCAUUUAUCAUCUAUCAGGAGCUGUAUAUUUCCUGAUGACUCGAAAAAUGUGAAAGUAACUCCACUGUUUAAGGAAGGCUCUAAGCUGGAUCCUAUGUAUAGGCCUAUAUCUGUUCUGCUGAUUGUUAGUAAAAUAAUUGAGAAG